AUGUCGUCACAGAAGACUUGUGCCGGGUGUCAUAAUUCUCUGCCAAGGAGGGAGUAUAUGAUUUGUGUCAAGUGUAAGCUUGGAUACGAUUUGCUUUGCGCAAACUUGACAUCUAAACACUUCUAUCAGAUGGAUGCAGAAAGUAGGAAUAAAUGGAACUGCCAACAAUGUCGCAGUAAGCUACCAAAAACAGGUAAUUCGAAUACUCCUGUACGUAUAACUAAUCAUCCCAUUGCUUCUAAGGAAGAUUCCAUCCUGAGUCCUAGUGAGGAGAGUAAUGUUACUACGAGAAUAAAAAAUAAAUGUUCCAAGUCUGGUAACAGCGAUUCUUGUGUAACUGAGGAGAGGUUGCGCAUGAUUAUAAAACAGGAAAUUACUGACACUAUUAAAUCUCUAGUAUCCGAGCACCUAGCGAACUUAAACCUUCAAGUAUCUGGGUUUCAAGAGUCCCUGUCAUUUAUAAGCAAACAAUACGAUGAUCUUAUGCAGUCUGUUAACGAGAAAUCAGAAACAAUCAAUAGACUGGUUUCAAAGAACGAAAAAUUAACAACACAGGUUAAAAACCUGACGGACAGACUGGGGCAGAUAGAGCGAAAUAUGCGCGUUUGUAACGUGGAAAUUACAGGUAUUCCCGAACACAAGUCAGAGAACCUCCUGAGCACUGUUGAACAACUUGGUAGAAUUGUCGAGAGUCCUAUUGCUGAAUCUGAUAUAUUACAUGUAACAAGAAUUGCCAAAUUAAACAAGGAGAGCAAUCGUCCUCGUUCUGUCAUCGUAAAGCUUCGCAGUCAGCGACACCGCGAUGAAUUAUUGGCUGCAGUGACACGAUUCAACAAAAAGAACAAGGAUAAUAAGCUCAACACCGAGCAUCUUGGACUCGGAGGACGUCGCGAGCCCGUAUUCGUAUCUGAACACCUGACGCCCACAAAUAAACAUUUACAUGCUGCAGCCCGAAAGAAAGCCAAGGAGGCUGGGUUCAUGUUUGUGUGGAUACGGGAUGGAAGAAUUCUUGCGAGGAAAAACGAACAAAGUCAUGCUAUUUAUAUUAAAGACGACGAAAGCUUAAAGUUAUUGCUUUAA